AUGAAGAAUCUUAUGAUCUGUGUGCUAUUAUGUCUACCAGCUUGCUUGGCUUACCCACUGGACAAGACAGUGAAGGAAGAACCAAAUGCCGACUUUGUCCAGAAAUACCUUGAAAAUUAUUAUAAUCUUGGAAAUGAUACAAAACAAUCUGUGAGAAGAAAUGACAGCAAUGCUGUGGUUAAAAAAAUUCAGGAAAUGCAAAAAUCUCCUGGGUUGAAGGUGAUGAAGAAGCAGGACUUUGAUGUCCUAAAAGGGAGGUUUAGACCCAUAUGUGCAGACACCAUUGCUGGUCACUACUCUAGAUUUCCUGGCUCACCCAAGUGGAAGAAAAGUAACAUUACUUACAGAAUUGUGAACUAUAUACCGCAACUCUCAAUAGAAGCUACUGAUUCCGCCAUUGAGAAAGCUUUGAAACUCUGGGAAGAGGUGACUCCUCUCACGUUCACCAGGCUUUAUGAUGGAGAGGCUGACAUAAUGAUGUAUUUUAUCAGGAGAGAUCAUAUAGAAAUUGCGUAUUUUGGUGGGUCUUCAAUUGCUGUGGCCUUUCCACCUGGACCAGGAAUAAAUGGAGACAUUCAUUUUUAUGAUGAUGAACCAUGGACAGAGGAUUAUUCAGGGAUCAAUUUUCUUUUGGUGGCUGCUCAUGAAAUUGGCCAUUCCCUGGGUCUCUUUCAUUCGAAUGACCCUGAAGCUUUGAUGUACAUGUUCUACAAGGAUCCCACAGAACAAUACCAGGUGCACCUUUCUCAAGAUGACGUGAAUGGCAUUCAAUCUAUCUAUGGACCUCCAUCUUCCUCCUCUGAUAAAAUCGCAGUGCCCAAGGAAUUCAUUUCUACACAAUCUGAGCCACUAGUGAGGUGCGACCCUGAAUUGUCAUUUGAUGCUAUCACUACGAUCAGAGGGGAAACUCUUUUCUUUAAAGACAGAUAUUUUUGGCGAAAAACUUACAUGCAUCAUAUACCUAUAUUAUAUUCUACUUCCUUAUUUUGGCCCACUCUUCCAUCAAAGUUGGAUGCUGCAUAUGAAGCCGAGACCAUGGAUACUGUCUUUAUAUUUAAAGGAAAUCAGUUCUGGGCCACUAAAGGCAAUAUACUAGAAGCAGGUUAUCCAAGAAGCAUCUACACACUGGGCUUUCCUCCAAACGUCCAGAAGAUUGAUGCAGCCAUUUCUGAUGUGGAAAAUGGGAAAACCUACUUUUUUGUAGAGAACACCUACUGGAGAUUUGAUGAGAAUAGCCAGUCCAUGGAUCAAGGUUUCCCCAGAAUGAUAAAUGAGGACUUUCCUGGAGUUGAGCAAAAGAUUGAUGCUGCGUUUCAAAAAUCGGGAUUUUUUUAUUUCUUCAGUGGACCAUUACAGAUUGAGUUUGACCCUAAUGCCAAGAUGGUGACAAAGCAUGUGAGGGCUAACAGUAUAUUAGAUUGUUAA